AAUUUAAUUACUCCACCUCAUUGUCUCCUCCUCUGACCUCUACUCUCCCAUUCUCAAUUCUCUAACCCACUCACCUGCUUUAAUUCAAACUCACUCUCUCUCUUUCCUCUCUGCUCUCAAUUCUUCUGCAAUUCUUUGCUUUUUCCGUUAUCAAAUUUACCAUCUGGGUAUCUUCCACAUUUUUAUCAGUACAUGAUCAAUCCUGGACAACUUGCUUUUCUAUUUUAACCUAGCAAUACAGAAGACAUGCCGAGACUCAAGGGAUCGGAAGGGCCUCAAAGGCCAUCACCUACAUUUAGAACUUCACGACAUCUUAGAACUUCCAGCUCUGAUUCUGAUCCUCUUCAUCAUCGUCCAAUCACAGAAAGAAGCCCGAGGCUUGGGGACCAUCGAUCCCUGAGGGGGACUCUAUCAGAGCCGCUUAAACCCAAGAAACUCGGUACCCGUAUCACUGAUCUAGAAACUCAACUGGUACAAGCUCAGCAUGAGUUAAAGAAUCUGAAAGACCAGUUAUCUUCUGCUGAAGAUGCAAAGAAACAGGCCCAAGAAGAACUACAUAAGGGUGGCACCAAGAAGCAGCAGGGUGUAACCAGAAAAGUUGUUGGGCCAGCAAAGCCCACUGCUGUUGCAGCUAUCCCAAAGAACUACUCAAGGGACAAGCCUGGAGAUGAAGAUGUUGAUCAAGAAACCGAUGUAUUUGAGGUCCCGAUAGAGAAAAUGUUAGUCGAACCAAAGGAGGCUGAAAUGAGCCACUGUUCUGUUAAGUCAGAAGAAUCUUCAAUAUCAGAACCAGAAAAGCCUUCAUUAUGUGAUGAAGCAUCUUCUAAGAAUAAGAAGAAUGAGGAGAUAGAUCAAAUGAGAGCCAUGAUGGAUGAAAAAGAGAAAGAAAUACGGGUUGUAAUUGAAGAAAACGAGACAAUAAAGAAGAAGUUAGAUGAUGCAAAAUCAGAGAUAGACUUGGGUCGUAAGAGAGAAGAAGAGAUGGUAUCAAAAGUGAAACAACUAGAACAGGACUUACAAGUAAGCAGAGGAAAAGAAGUGCAGUUAAAGGAAAAACUAGUUGAUGCGGAAGCAGCAAAGGAAUUGUUAGAGAUUGAGAUGAAAAAGAUGAAGGUGCAAACAGAUCAAUGGAAGAAGGCAGCUGAUGCAGCUGCUUCUGUGCUAGCUGGUGGGGUAGGGACAAAAGGACGAAUUUCUGAGAGGUGUGCUUCCAUGGAUAAUCAUUUCAACAGCAUUUUCGAGCCACCACCCAUCACUGGGUUUGGUGGUUACCUUGAAGACCCAGAUGACAGUUUCGGGGGAGGAAAGAAAAAGGGGUCUGGUAUUAGGAUGCUGGGGGACUUGUGGAAAAAGAAGGGCCAGAAAUAAGUCCGUUGCGUCCCUCGUUCUUGAGGGCUCCUGUUCGGUUUGUCGUUGUGGAGCAAAAUGGUUUCUUACCAUUUCCAAGCGUUUCUUUGUAGUUAUAGUAAUAGCCUUAGAUUCAGAUUUAGAUUUAGAUUCGUCUGUGAUGAUGUAUUAGCUUGAAGACUAUGACUGUCCUAUUAUCCCAAUCAUAUUUUUACUGUCUCGGAGUGAAAUGAAAGAUAUUAUCAUCUUCACUUUCCAGGUAAA